AUGGCUUCCAUUUUCUUGCUGAUAUUAAUAUCAUGUCUGCCAAACAGCCCCUUAGCCAAUGCCCUGCACUCAUUCAAGAGGCUUCAGCUUCCCUCACCUGGCUGUGAAGCUUAUGCUUUUGAUUCAGACAAUGGUGGGCCUUACACAGGCCUCAAUGAUGGUAGGAUUGUGAAAUAUCAAGGCCCAAAUACUGGCUUUGUGGAGUAUGCCACAACUGUUCCUAAUAGGUCGAAGGAGUCGUGCGAUGGGACUCAUGGAGAUAUGAGAAUUGGGCGGAUUUGCGGGAGGCCGUUGGAUAUGGAAUUCAACCACAAAACAGGGGAACUUUACGUCGUCGACCUUUUCCAGGGGCUGAUGGUGGUGCCGCCAGGCGGCGGCGUGGCGGCUUUGGUUGCUAGCGGCGACGGCAUGCCGGUCGACGCGCCGGACGCCGUAGCAAUUGACCCGAUGACGGACGAGGUUUAUUUCACCGAUAUUGGAACCAUCAUCUUCACAAACACCAACAUGACAGAAGUACUCCUAAGUGGGGACACGAGCGGCCGACUACUCAAAUACGACCCGAAAACAAAACUCCGUACGGUGGUCCUAACCGGGCUUGCGGGUCCGGCUGGGGUGGCAGUCAGCCGUGAUGGCUCGUUUGUUCUAAUCGCGGAAUAUUUGGCCUGUCAAAUUACGAGGCUCUGGCUCAAGGGCCCGAAGGCCCAUACCACGGAAGUCAUCACGCACCUCCCGGGCAACCCGGACAACAUCAAGAGAACAAAAUCGGGCGACUUUUGGGUGCCCGUCAACAUACAGAAACUGCAUCCUAAGCUGACGAGUUUUCCCCUCGGGCAAAAAAUUAACCCGGAAGGCCGAAUUACUGAGACCGUAAAUUUUUUUACGGAGUAUAACGCGACGUAUGUUACGGAGGUGCACGAGCAUCUGGGGUCUUUGUACGUGGCCUCGGUUUAUACGGGUAUUGUGGGGGUUUAUAGGGGGCUUAGAUGUUGA